AUGGAAUCAGAAGAAAAUGAUUUGAAAGAGUGUUUUAAAAGAAAUCAAUUUAAACAUGUUGAUUAUAAAUUUAAUGGUACAGAAUUAGAGUAUAAUAACUUAUUAAAAACAAGUAAAACUCUUUACGUAUCUAAUAUUCCUAAGAAUGUAAGAGAAGAAAGAUUAUGGCAUUUAUUUAGUAUUUACGGAAAGAUAAAAGAAUUACACAUGGGAAUUAACUUUGGAGGUGAAUUUUUAGGUUUUAUUUUCAUUGUCUAUUCCACACAAGAAGAAGCUGAAAUUAGUUUGAAAAAUUUAAAUUUCUAUAAAAUUGAUGAAAAUACUCUUAAAAUUGAUAGAGAUAGAGGAUAUUUUGAAGAUAGAAGAUUUGGUAUGGGAAAUAAUGGAAACAGGUAUACUAAUAAACCAGCAAUUGUUAAAAGAAGAAAAUAUUAA